GGGGACGCGGAGAAUGGGAAGGAGAAGGGCGGGGAGAAAGAGAAGGAGCAGCGCGGCGUGAAGCGGCCCAUCGUACCUGCGCUUGUGCCAGAGUCGCUGCAGGAGGGCCCGGCCGCGCGUGGGUGACGCGGGACGCCAAAGGGGGCGGGGAAGCGCGGUGCGCGGCGAAGCCUGGCGGGUCUGCGUGCGGACUCUGCGCUCACCUCGCUCUACCUGGCACCUCGCCCUGAUCCGGCAUCCACGCCCCUAAAAUGACAGUGAGAUCGCCUGCCUUCUAGGUUGCAGUGAGGGAUAAGGAGCUGCUGGAGGAGGUUCAACAACUUUAAGAAUUGGUCGAGCUACAGACACACUUCCUGCCAGUAUUCCUCAUGUCAUUGCACGAAGACAUAAACAACAAGGGCAGCCCCUGUACAAAGACAGCUGGCUCCUGAGGGAAGGACUAAAUAAACCUGAAAGUAAUGAACAAAGACAAAAUGGCCUUAAAAUGGUGGAUCAAGCAAUAUGGUCUAAAAAAAUGUCAAAUGGUACAAGACGCAUUCCUGUGUCCCCUGAACAGGCACGCGCCUACAACAAGCAGAUGCGGCCUGCAAUUUUAGAUCACUGUUCAGGAAAUAAGUGGACAAACACAUCUCAUCAUCCUGAGUAUUUGGUAGGAGAAGAGGCCUUGUAUGUUAAUCCACUGGACAGUUACAAUAUUCAUUGGCCUAUCAGAAGAGGUCAGUUAAAUAUUCACCCAGGACCUGGGGGCUCCCUUACAGCUGUUCUGGCAGAUAUUGAAGUAAUAUGGUCUCAUGCAAUACUAAAGUACUUGGAAAUCCCACUGAAAGAUUUAAAGUACUACAGAUGUAUCCUGUUAAUUCCUGAUAUCUACAAUAAACAGCAUGUGAAAGAACUAGUGAAUAUGAUAUUAAUGAAGAUGGGUUUUUCAGGAAUUGUGGUCCACCAGGAGUCUGUGUGUGCCACCUUUGGAAGUGGCUUGAGCAGCACCUGUAUUGUAGAUGUUGGGGACCAGAAGACAAGCGUAUGCUGUGUGGAGGAUGGGGUGUCCCAUCGGAACACUCGGCUCUGUCUGGCAUAUGGGGGAUCUGAUGUGUCUAGAUGUUUUUACUGGCUCAUGCAGCGUGCUGGGUUCCCUUAUAGGGAAUGCCAGUUAACAAAUAAAAUGGAUUGUCUUCUUCUGCAGCACCUUAAAGAAACCUUCUGUCAUUUAGAUCAGGACAUCUCUGGGCUUCAGGACCAUGAGUUUCAGAUUCGGCAUCCAGAUUCUCCUGCUCUGCUUUACCAGUUUCGAUUAGGAGAUGAAAAACUCCAGGCUCCCAUGGCAUUAUUUUACCCAGCGACUUUUGGAAUUGUUGGACAGAAAAUGACAACUUUGCAGCACAGAUCCCAGGGUGAUCCUGAGGAUCCUCAUGAUGAACAUUACCUGCUGGCCACGCAGAGCAAGCAAGAACAGUCUGCAAAAGCUACUGCUGACCGAAAAUCUGCAUCCAAACCCAUUGGAUUUGAAGGAGAUCUUCGUGGGCAGUCCUCUGAUCUUCCAGAAAGACUCCAUUCUCAGGAAGUGGACUUGGGGUCCUCCCAGGGAGACUGUCUGAUGGCUGGCAAUGAUUCUGAGGAGGCCCUCACUGCGCUGAUGUCCAGGAAAACUGCCAUCUCCCUAUUUGAAGGGAAAGCCCUGGGCCUUGAUAAAGCCAUUCUUCAUAGCAUAGACUGCUGUUCAUCUGAUGAUACCAAAAAGAAAAUGUACAGCUCCAUCCUGGUGGUGGGAGGUGGCUUGAUGUUUCACAAAGCUCAAGAAUUUCUGCAGCACAGAAUUCUCAACAAAAUGCCACCUUCAUUCAGGCGAAUUAUUGAAAAUGUGGAUGUGAUCACAAGGCCCAAGGACAUGGAUCCCCGGCUGAUUGCGUGGAAGGGAGGGGCAGUGUUGGCCUGUUUGGAUACUACACAAGAGCUGUGGAUUUACCAGCGAGAAUGGCAGCGCUUUGGUGUCCGCAUGUUACGAGAGCGAGCUGCUUUCGUGUGGUGAAACGGAGUAGAGAACACUGUUGAGGAAAACUCUUUGUAUAAAAGAUUUAAAGAAUAUAUGUAUUUUAAUUUAUUGACCUAGGUGGUUAAUUUUCAUGGAAAAUAAAUGAAUUUCAACUUUAUGCUCAGGAUAUGAUGUUGGUUUGAAAUCUGCUUUCACAGUCAGGACAUUUGAGAACAAAUGAACUUUC